AUAAAUGGGCAAAUGCCCAAUAAUAUUGCCGUUGAUUGUACGCCAAUUAUGACCUCUUUACAACACGUUCGUGGGCCCACACGCUGACAUUUAAAACCCCCAAUCCCUGCGUAUUUGCCCCCAUUGCUUUUGGUUUACUCUUAUCCCUAGCGAUCACAGCAGCCUCCGCCGUAAGCUCCGCCGGUCGCCUUUAUUCCGCCGUCAGUGGGGAGUUAUCCAAGAAGUACUCUGUAGAUCUUUGGUGAUUUAAAGUUAUGGCAUCGAAACGCAUACUGAAGGAGCUCAAGGAUCUGCAGAAGGACCCGCCGACAUCAUGCAGCGCCGGUCCUGUUGCGGAGGAUAUGUUCCACUGGCAGGCAACAAUUAUGGGGCCGACAGAUAGCCCUUACGCCGGAGGCGUGUUCUUGGUUUCAAUUCACUUCCCUCCUGAUUACCCCUUUAAACCUCCUAAGGUUGCUUUUCGAACUAAGGUCUUCCACCCAAACAUCAAUAGCAAUGGCAGUAUCUGCCUUGAUAUCCUUAAAGAGCAGUGGAGUCCAGCCUUGACUAUUUCCAAGGUCCUCUUGUCCAUCUGUUCACUGUUGACGGACCCAAACCCAGACGACCCGCUCGUGCCCGAAAUUGCUCACAUGUACAAGACCGACAGGUCCAAGUACGAGACCACUGCCCGGAGCUGGACACAGAAGUACGCUAUGGGGUGAGAGAGAGAUGACGAGAGGCAACAAAAGGUUGCCUCCAAAAGAAGAAGAAUACUCUGUAACUUGUAUGCCUUAUUAUUGCGUGAGCGUCUCUCCCUUCUUCUUCUUCCCUUGUCGGAUUCGAUAAUAAUAAAAAUAAUUAAUAAGUUGGUAUGGGUUGUAACCUGGUUUCAGGAAGCAGCCAUGGCGGAUCUUCUUAAUUAAUUUGUGAAUACACUACUCUAAUUAGACACAUUGUUGCACUGGGAAAAAAAACUAUUAUGUGUUUGCUUUCUAUGGUCUCUCAUUGUUAUUCGUCUCUUUGCUCUAUAUUCAGCUAUCAAUUUUAAACAUGAAUAAGUGAGAAACAUAAGAUUUUUUUUUGACAUUUUAAACUUACUUUUUGCAAGAGUUUUUUCUUUUAAAAUAUAAAAUAAAGAUGGAAUAGUUAAUUAAUUCGAGCAAGGAGAGUAGUACUGUAUAAGUUGGGUGAACUUAAAUCUUAAAAGAAAUAUGUGGCGUUUGCUGUGGUCUCAAGAGAACCGUUUUUGUAGAAACUUAAAGAGUAUGAAACAGAAUUGUGUUUAUAAUACGUUAAUUGGAGUAAUAUUUUUACGGUUCAGGCAUAAGGCGCAAGUGUAAUAUAAAACUUUUACACAAACAUUUUGGCAUUUUGUGAUAUUGUAAACUAGUACACUAGCAAUAAAUGUUGAUGCAUCUACUAUAUAUAUAUAUAUAUAUAAAAGCUGAUGGAAAAAUCAGCUCCAAUUGCACUCAUCAAUUUUCCCGCCAAAAAUUCUGAUCGUAUGGCUAAGAUUACUUGGAUACACAUGGCACAUCCACAUUAAAUCUAAACCAGAAACAUAUACAUGCACUUAUGGACAAAAGUGUACUGACAAACAACUGAUACUGCCACUGCCUGAAUUACAACACUGCCCCAAUUUCAUAAUAGCUUCAGCCCAAUGAAUUAGUCACUGCCCC